AUGAUUGAGCCAUUCCAGACUACAUUCUCGGUCCCCAUGACCUGUGAUGGAUGUGUUAAGGACAUCUCCAGCGCCCUGUACAAGCUUGAUGGAAUUAGCAAUGUGGACGCCAACCUCAACGACCAACUCAUCUUCAUCGAAGGCACCGCGCCCCCGAGUUCCAUCGUGACCGCCAUCCAGGACACCGGCCGCGAUGCGAUCCUGCGCGGAAGUGGCAAUACAAACGGCUCGGCCGUCUGCAUCCUCGAAACACACAAAUCUGUCGUCUCCAACAAGAUCCGCGGCCUUGCCCGCAUGGUCGAGGUCUCCAAGAACAUGACCUUAGUCGACCUGACCGUCAAUGGCAUGGCUCCAGGCAAGUACUGGGCCACCGUCCGUGAAGCCGGUGAUAUCUCACAGGGUGCCGCCUCUGCCGGCGGCAUCUGGGAGUCAUUGAAGAACAAGGUCUUGGGCUCAAAUGAUGCCCCGCCUACGGAGAAGGAGCCGCGGGGUGUCUUUGGAUCAGUGGAUGUUGAUGAGAAGGGUCGGGGCAAUGUGUUCAUGGACCGACCUGUUGCUAUUUGGGAGUUGAUUGGGCGAAGUAUGGUGCUCUCCAAGACUAUAGAGGGUCCCUUCAAGCGCGACGAUGAGCAUACCCUUGUGGGUGUUAUUGCGCGUAGCGCGGGUGUGUGGGAUAAUGAUAAGAUGGUUUGCUCAUGCUCUGGUAAGAAUGUUUGGCAGGAGAGACAGGAGCAGGUCAGUCAGGGUAUGGCUUAA